UACAGCGUACAGUGUGCAUGUGUGAUUCACACACAUUCAAACAUUUCCGUUGCCUACCAAACGAACGCGUAAAACGGACUCGAAAAAAAUUACUGAAUGUCGUCGGUCGGUGAUUGCGCAUUCUCUCUGUGUGUGUUUUUCCCCCCAUCCAACGAGUGUAAAGAAAUUUUUGGAACAAUUUAUAGCCGAAACGCGUUGUAAUUUUUGCGUGGAGAAUCUGUGGAAAUGCGCCCGGCGUGUUCUGUGCAAUAUAUUUAAUUAAAAACGUGUAAAACCAGUUUAUUAAAGAUCGUAACAAGAUCGUGAAUCGGAGUAAUAUUCAUAGUGUAUAGUGGUGAUAUUUGUGUGUGUAGUGACGCCCGCCCCUCCACAUAUCAAUAAACAGAAACUGGAAGAUCUCUCCAGCCGCUGCUCCCAUCAUCUGAAGACAGCGACGUCGACGUUGACGCCGACGCCCACGACACCACUGAGAGAAGAAUGAUGCCAAGGCAGAGGACCAGCACGCUGACGGCGACGUACUCGCUGCGUUGCAACGGUAAAUGCCUGAUGCUCUCAGCACUGCUGAUGAGCCUUCUAGUGGCCGCCACCCAUGCCGUAGAUCAGAAAUCUGUAAAAGCAUCGGCGGCAGAGCCAUCCACUCUGUCAGGAGGCGCAGCAUCCCCGGCGGCUUCGGGUCCCAGAGAUGCAAUCUAUAUCGACGAUGAUAGCAUUGAGGGCUCUGGCGGACGUGGAGGGAUACACGACGAUCUAGAGAAGGAUCCGGACUAUUCGGGCUCUGGCUUUGGACCGGAUGACGAGGACGCCGAGCCGGACCAUCACUCGCAGCACGGUUCGCACAACACGCGCAUCUCGCAGAGCGGCGGCUCCAGCAUAAACAGUAAGCAUAAAUCGAACGACAACAGCCACAACGACGACCUCGACCACAUCUCGAGUAGAUUCAACAACAACAACAACAACCAGAACCAGAACCAAAUCGACAACAACAGCCAGAAUCUUAAUAAUAAUAAUAACAAUAAUAAUAUUAAUAAUAAUAAUAAUAAUCCCAACCUUAAUAACAAUCACCAUCCAGCGAAUAGUGGCACAAUCAUUGGUAGUAGCACCACAGCGAACCAUAACAGUAAUCAGAAUCACAUCGGCGGCCAGAGCGGCGGCAUCAUCAGUGGCAGUGGUGGUGAGAUCGGUGGUCAUAGUGGCACUGGCAUUAACACAAUCGCUCAUACACCAACACAAACCUCAUCCACAACCUCGACAACAACAACAACAACAACAAGCAGUUCACCAACAACGACAACCACCACCGGCAGCAGCGGGACUACGACAACAGCGGCCACAACCCCUUCAACCACAGCCGCCUCCAAUCGCACCCAAACCACGCCCACGCCCACGCCCAAACCCAUUGUACCCGAAUCCACCGCAGCGAGCCGUCCCUUGCCACCCUUCCCCGCCUUCGAUGAGGAUCUCGAUGUGGAUGUGGAGGCCAGCGGCGAUAGCAUCGAUGUGGAAGGCGGCGGCGAGGAUGACGACGAGGGCGAUGAUGAGGACGACAUCAUCAUUGAUCAUCCCGAUUCCGAGAAGCCAAGGCUUGCAGAGCCCGUUCCCAAUGGUGGAAUCGAUCAUGAUCAUGAUAGCGAUAGCGAUAACGAUAACGAUAACGAUGAUGGUGAAGGCGAUACCGAUGACACGGACGAUGAUGAUCGCAUCAUCGAUGUGGAUGGCGGCGAUGAGGAUGGAAAUGGAAACGGAAACGGAAUCGGUGGCAACGAUGGAGACAUCAACACAGAGCGCGGACCGGGAGGCGGCAGCAACGUGCACGAGUUGGACCCGAAUACGAACGUGAACAGCCAGCCCUCCGACACGAAGCCCGUCGACCACAGGCCCAACGGCAACGAGGUGGUCAUCAUGAGCGAGGACGAUCGCACGUCGAGCUUCUUCUCGCAGCCGGGAAUACUGGCGGCUGUCAUUGGCGGUGCCGUGGUUGGCCUGCUCUGCGCCAUUCUCGUGGUGAUGUUCAUCGUAUACCGCAUGCGGAAAAAGGACGAAGGCUCCUAUGCCCUGGACGAGCCGAAACGCUCGCCGGCUAACAAUUCCUAUGCGAAAAAUGCGAACAAUCGCGAGUUCUACGCCUGAGAUAAUGGCACAUCGCGCAGGUAUUAAAUGAGCCGCGAGUGAGGAUCCACCCGGAUGGAGAUCCAUCUGGAACGGGAUCUGGAUCUGAACGGAGGGGAGAUGACGGCUCAUCUCGGUACACUGUGCGGAGUGCGAAGUGCGGACGGAGCAGCGCCAUCAGCAGCCAUCUGCCACAAUGAAUAAUCAUCUGCAACAGCAACAGCAACAGAAACAGCAAAAGCAACAAAACUAACACAAAUUCAAUGGAAAUCGAAGGCAUCGUUGGGUCACACACAACUUUUCGUUGAGGGGUAAACGCAAAAAAAAAAUGCAUAAAUUCGAGAGGAAAAUAAAUUCAGAACUUACCUGUAAGCUAAUGCCGGACGGAUAACGGAGGAGGGCGACUUUUCUAAUUAAGUACAUUUUAAGCGACGAAAACAAAAGGAACCCAAUAUCAAAUAUGAAUGGAAACGCACGCAAAUCGUGCGAAGUCUAAUAUAUAAUUAAUAUAUAUUAUAUGCAUAGUGAAACCAAUAUAAGGGCGGGAAAAAUUAAGCGAAUUAAUUAUGAAUUUCGAGUAUGUAGAGCACAGGCCGGAGACGAGCGAGAAAUAAUACCUAUUAUACCACACCACACCCACGACACAGGCGCAUCCGACUUCAUGGAUGGACAGAUACAGACAUACACAUUUAUGAAUAUACGAGUAUAUGUUAGCUGAAUAAUGGAAGCGAAUUGGAUAUAUCACGAUAUAGUAUACCCAAACUCGAAAGAGCAGAGCCGAUGUUCGUUUGCGCCAUCGAUUCACACCACGAAAAACAGAAUGAAAUAUAAUCCGUUGGGAAUAAUUAUACAAAUUGCGAAUUGGACGGCAUGAAAAAAUGUUUUUAAGUUAUACAUAAGCAAAACUAUGUAAUUAUUAGUGUAAUUCCUAAAAAAAAAAACGAAAAACAGAACACAAAAAGAAAAAUGCAAAAAAAAAAAAAAACUAAAAUAGAAAAACGAAAAAUACUAAAUGAAGCAACAAACAGAAUACGAACACUCUCUGAACCUUCCUGGCAACUACAGAAACUGAAAAGUAAAGAAAUCCAGAGAACUAUUUCUACUUUUUUCUAGAAAACACACAAAAACAUGAAUAUUUAUUGAAAUUGAGAAUGAAAUUGAGACCAUUAUAUGUCUAGAAAGCGAUUGCACAUUAAUUUAGAACUCCAUAUGGGUUUGAGAGCUAUUCGGCCAGUUCUUUGCUCGACUCCACUGCUUCUUCCAUGGCUAAGAAUCAAAAUCGGAUUACGCAUUGAUUAUUGUGCAUUUAUUUAGUUUUUACGUUCGCUGUCAAUGACAAAUUUUUUAGUUGUGCGAAGUACGAAACACAACGCAAGCCAAGCCAAUCCAAUCCAAUCCAAUACCCCACGCAAUAGUAAAAAUUACUUGUUAAGUUUACAAUUGAAAUGAAACGCAAUCCAGAAGGAAAUGUUAACGACUCAGCCCUCAAAUUAGCUGCAAUACUUGUUUAACUGUUAGUCAACCCAUAUUCUCUUCAGCUCUCAUGCCAUAUUUUCAUUGCGAAAAGAAGUUAUAAGAACGAAAAAUACUAAUACAUAAUACAUAUAUAUAUACAAGUAUAUAUAAUUAGCAACAUAAAUCAAUUGUGUGUGUGUGUAAUUGUGUGUAAUGCAUAAAUAAUUAAUUAAACAUAAACAUACAUACUACUACUGCGACAACAGAGCGUGCACCAAAGGGGGAGGGAAGCUCUCGAAGAACAACAUCAUACAGCAUACAGCAUGCAUGUGAAUGCAUGUAUUUGUAUGUACUCGUACUUCCCCCAAAAACCUAAGCCCAACUGAAACUCACACAAAAAGGGAGAACAACAGCCACAGACACAGCCACAGCCACAGGAACAGCAGCAACAACAGCGACAACAAGAACUAAACCUUUUUCUGACCACAACUUUUUCUACACUGUAUAAAACGCAACUGCAACUCUUUUGAUAUGUACAAGUACUAUGUUUGUCCUUCUCGACCCAUAGUACCUUUUUGUCAAAUUUUACAUCAAGUUUUUUUGCUACUUUAUAAGCGUUUAGUUUGUUAGUUUUUUAAAUGCGCUGAAUGUACUGAGAAAUUGGUUUUGAUUUGCUAAAUAAACUGGUAUAAAACUAAUUUAAACAAAA